AUGCCCACCGGCAGUGACGGGGGAGUCCGGAGGAGGAGGGGGCCAGCAAGGCCUAAGGUGGCAGCAGCUGCUCCUGCGCCUGCACCUGCGCCUGCACCUGCUCCUGCUCCUACACCUGCUCCUGCUCCCGCUCCCGUUCCCGCUCCUGCUGGCGCUCGUACUCGUGCUCGUACUCGUGCUCAGUCUCAGGCUCAGGCUCAGGCUCCCGUCCCUGCUCCUGCUCCUGCUCCUGCUCAUACUCCUGCUCCUGCUCCCGCACGAGCACCCAAACGAGGCUUUUUGGAUGACAUACACGACGAUGGUGAAGCUACCCUUCCAGCUCGAAAGAGGGUGGCACGUGGGGAUAUGCCAGAGUAUCCAGGCGUACCAGAUGCAGCGACAUUAGGCCUCCAGGCGGAAGAUGAUAUGCUCCUACCGUAUGAAUCGCAGGUAGAUUUUGAUAUGGGAGGUGUAUCUGAUGAGGGAGAAGAACUUCCGAACGCACCAGAUCCAGUGGCAUGGCGCCUCCAGGUGGAAGAGGAAUGGCGCCUACGGGAGGCACAGGCAGAUCCCGAUAUGGGAGAUACAUUUUAUGAGGAAGAACUUCCGGACGUACCAACGCCGUGGCGCCCCGAGGCGGUAGAUGCUACGCUCCUACCGCAACAGCGGGUGGAUUUUGAUAUAGGAGAUGUAUUUGAUGAGGAAGAAGAACUUCCGGACGUAUCAGGUGCAGCCACACAAGGACUUCCAGGCGUAUCAUAUGCAGAGACAUUGCGCCUCCAGGCGGAAGAUGCUAUGCUCCUACUGCAAGUACCGCAGGUAGAUUCUAAUCUGGAUAUAUCUGAUGACGAAGAAGAACUCUAG